UACAACCACUCACUCAAUCACUCAAUCACUGAACCCAUUGUCAAACAGGGAUGAGGGGAUUCUCGGGAUUCUCCUUCACACUCCCAGAUCCAUCCAUCUUUAAUACUGACCUGGUCAAGGUGCUCUUCGAACGUCCUUCCGUCUCAUUUGCUCCUGCCAUCUUGGUCCCUCUAGCCUCAGACGUUUGCCACCGAAGGCCCAUCUGGCUGGGCUUGAUCGCCUUCUUCUUUUCCAAGCCAUUUCUCCUCCCCUUCGCGAAACUGUCCAUGUUCCCGCUCUCCACCUUGGUGAACGAAUACGCGGGGUCUCAUUGGCUGAUUGGCGUGUUCGCCAUCAGUAUCUGGUUAGAAACGCUUUGAGAACCACCAGUUAUGUUUGCCGCGCAAAUCUGGCGGGCAUGUCGCUUUGGCGGAAGUUUCAAGCCCUCCUCCAAUGCAACCUCGAGCCUUCAUCCCCUUCUUCGCCCCAAAGGCAGGCCGAAUCGGCUGAUGGCUCCCAAACCGGCUCAAGUUCACACCAGCCAGGCCAAAUCAGCCCUCCCGCCCAUUUUGGUGGGCCUGGUCAAGCCAAUUGCCAGGAUCACGGCAGCGCUCUUCGGCCGACGGGUUCGGAUAUGGUGGCGAAAAUUGCCCGAUCAAAGAAGAAUAGCGGUCCUGGACAAACUAAAAAAGAGUCGGAUGAUUCUUGGAGGUCUCGGAGCUGGAACGACCAUUGUUUUGCUGUACCAAUAUGAGGCGCACAUCGAGACAUGUGCCAUUACGGGUCGAAAGAGGUUCCUGGCUUUACGCCCGGAACAAAUCGAAAAGAUCGCACGUUCUGAAUUUGAGCAAUUGCUCGAGACUUACGAGCGUCAUCUUUUACCGGGUCGUCAUCCGGCUUAUGCCCGCGUGUCCGGCGUGGCCAAUCGAAUCCUCAAAGCAAACAAAGACUACCAAGAAAUAUAUGGCAAAGACUGGACCGUCACCGUUAUUCAAGAUAAAGAGAGGAACGCCUUUGUUUUACCGUCCGGCAAUAUUUUUGUCUUCACCGGAAUGCUCGAUAUGUGCGAAACCGAUGGGCAGCUCGGAUUCGUUCUCAGCCAUGAAAUUGCUCACACCCUCCUGAACCAUGCUGUAUUGUACUGCACUUGUUCCGAAAAUCGAAACCAAUAUCAAAAGGCGAAAAAGAUCAGCACAGUGAACUUCGUUUACAUGUGGGUUCUGGUGCCCUUGGCUUUGCUCUGGGCCGUGCUGCCCAAUGACGGGAAUUGCCCUCAUAGCGGAUUGGUUCUUCAACAAAGUUUUUUAGACAAGCUAUUACUAUUUCAUGGAACACGUUGGAAUAACAUCAUCAUCAUGUGCCCACUUUCAUUCCAGUCCGGCAAUAUUUUUGUCUUCACCGGAAUGCUCGAUAUGUGCGAAACCGAUGGGCAGCUCGGAUUCGUUCUCAGCCAUGAAAUUGCUCACACCCUCCUGAACCAUGCUGGCGAAAAGAUCAGCCACGUGAACUUCGUUUACAUGUGGGUUCUGGUGCCCUUGGCUUUGCUCUGGGCCGUGCUGCCCAAUGACGGGAUUGCCCUCAUAGCGGAUUGGUUCUUCAACAAAGUGAUCGAAAUAGUCUUUGAAUUGCCCUUCAGUCGCGAAAUGGAACGCGAGGCCGAUGAAGUUGGCCUCACAAUGGCCGCCAAAGCGUGUUUUGACGUCCGACAGGCCUCUUUGUUUUGGGGGAAGAUGGAGGCUUUAGAGAGCUUGGAGGGUCACGAAAAGAUGCCCGAGAUCUUGGCCACCCAUCCAACCCACGACCGAAGACGCGAAUAUUUGGAGACACUGGUUCCCGAAGCAUUAAAAAGGCGCGAACAAAGUGGUUGUGCUCAACUGAAGGACACAAAUGUCGCGUUUCAGGAUUAUUGGCGACGAUUUCGAAGCUUGAGACCUGCUGCGUGAACAACAGCAUGUGCUGGCUUUCGGGAUCCGUGAUAGAUUCAGGACAUUCAUCUUUCAUAUCAAAAUAUAGGAGCAACAUCA